AUGGGCUUUCGCUCGAUCGCGCUGCCGCUGCUGGCAAUGCUGCUCCUGGACUCGUCGCUCAUCGCUCAAGGCUUCCGGGUGAAUCUCAUCCAUCCCGCCAAGGAGGCCAUGCGGCGCAAGGGCGUCAAGAGGAGCGAGGCGAUCCGCGCGCUGGUGGCCAAGAGCCACGCGCGAGUGAGAUGGAUGGCAGCGCGGGCGAAUUCGUCUUCGUGGUCGUCGAUGGCCGGCACCACGGACGUGGAAUCGCCACUCCACCCGGACGGCGGGGGCUACGUGAUGGACAUCUCGGUGGGCACGCCGGGCAAGAGGUUCCGCGCCAUCGCGGACACGGGCAGCGAUCUGGUGUGGGUGCAAUCCGAGCCGUGCACGGGCUGCUCGGGCGGCACCAUCUUCGAUCCCCGCCAGUCGUCCACCUUCCGCGAGAUGGAUUGCUCCUCGCAGCUCUGCGCGGAGCUCCCCGGAUCCUGCGAGCCCGGCUCCAGCACCUGCAGCUACUCGUACGAGUAUGGCAGCGGCGAGACGGAGGGCGAGUUCGCGCGCGACACCAUCUCCCUGGGCACGACAAGUGACGGCAGCCAGAAGUUCCCGUCCUUCGCCGUCGGAUGUGGCAUGGUCAACUCGGGCUUCGACGGCGUGGAUGGGCUUGUCGGGCUCGGCCAAGGUCCCGUGUCGUUGACCUCGCAGCUCUCCGCCGCCAUUGACAGCAAGUUCUCCUACUGCCUCGUGGACAUCAACAGCCAAUCGGAGAGCUCCCCUCUCCUGUUCGGCCCGUCGGCGGCGCUGCACGGCACCGGCAUCCAGUCAACGAAGAUCACCCCGCCCAGCGACACCUACCCGACGUACUACCUGCUCACGGUCAACGGCAUCGCGGUCGCCGGUCAGACCAUGGGCAGCCCCGGCACGACCAUCAUUGACUCCGGGACGACGCUGACGUACGUGCCAUCCGGGGUGUACGGCCGGGUGCUCUCCCGGAUGGAGUCAAUGGUGACCCUCCCCAGGGUUGACGGGUCGUCCAUGGGGCUGGACCUCUGCUACGACCGGUCCUCCAACCGCAACUACAAGUUCCCGGCGUUGACCAUCCGGCUGGCGGGCGCGACCAUGACGCCGCCGUCGAGUAACUAUUUCUUGGUGGUGGACGAUAGCGGCGACACCGUGUGCCUGGCCAUGGGCUCCGCGAGUGGCCUCCCAGUGAGUAUAAUUGGGAAUGUGAUGCAGCAGGGCUACCACAUCUUGUAUGAUCGCGGGAGCUCCGAGCUCUCGUUUGUCCAGGCCAAGUGUGAGUCACUCUAAAGAAGUUCUUUGCUUGU